AUCUUUUCCCAGCCAGAUUAGAAGGGUUGGUCUACGGAAAGGGGGCGGAGCGGUAGGGACGCAGCCCCAGGAGUAGUGCAGAGGUUCUGAGUGCGCAGAGAGAGCAACUGCUAGGAUUAGGUGGCCAUGAACGUGAUAGCGGAACGGCGCCGAAGGAGGCCCGGGGAGCUGGGCGUGCACGAGCCGGAGCGCAAACGAGUGUGUAGAAGUUCUGAGACUUUUCCACAGGUCAUCAACGCUUGCUACCCACUGCGCAAGUAUGCCAUGGAUUACUGGGAUAUGGAGCAGGAUUUGAAGCAGAAAGAUCCCACUGACUUCUUUAGCCCUCAGAUUAUGAAAGAAAAGCCAAAUUCCAUGAUAUUUCCAGAUAAUGAAACCAGAACUACUGCCCAGCCUUGCUCAAGAUGUAUUGCUGGAGAACCUGGACACCUUGGCCAUAUUAUGGGGUUUAUAGAAGAUCAAAGGGCACUGAUGCAGUGAUACUCCGUAACAAAAUACACGUGAACUAGUUUGAGAUUCUAGACUUUCCGACACUUCACACUACAGUAUACAUCCAUACAGUUUAUCUGGUUGUUUUUUAAUGUUCUCAGAACAAUCCAGUUUUUUGUUUGUUCAUUUAUAUUAUACAACAUGGUACUACUUCAAAAGAAUGUUCAAUUUAGUGAUUCCUCCACUCCCAGCAUGCAAAUGCACUGCUAACUAGAAGCACAUUUUCAGAAUGGGAGUAGUUAACUGCAGGCAAAGAAGUUGAAAUAGGUAUUUUCACGUCUUAUAUCAGUGAAUGUACAAAAUCUGGUGAUUAUCGACCUUCUGACAAUUCCAGAUAAACUUCAUCAAUAUUCCAUACUAUAUACAUUUUUUCACUAUGAAGACCCACACAAAUGCUGACAAUCACAUUUAGUUGUUUUUCAGCGUUCACUGAUGUAUUUCUGAAUUUCAGUAAUGCACAAAGUUUGUCUAGGAUUGUCAGUAUUCACACUGAUGAAUGUCAUCAUUCACCAAAUGUUUUAUGCUUACUGCAGGGGUAGUUCUCCCUCCAGGUGUUCUCAUCAGUCCAAGCCAGCAUGGCCAGUGAUCAGGGGUGAUGGAAAUUGCAGUUUACAUCUGGAGGGCACCACAUUGCCUACCCCAGUAUACUAUAACGGAGAAGUAAUUGAUUUUAAUCACAUUUCUUUACUUUUCUGCCUUUGAAGAGAGGGUGCUUUUGGAUGUCCCUUAGAAAUUGCCACCAUAAAGUCCAGUUGACUCUGUUUAGGGCUAGAGUCUGCAAUCCAGUGAACCACAGCUGCCACUUUUGGCUGCAGUUCUGCGUGUACAAGCAAUUCUGUACAGCUAACAAUGGAAAAAUCCAACUGCACACACUCACUGCACUGCAUUCCAGUUUAUACAUACAAAAAAGUCUGUAAGGUCCCAUUGCAUUAUUAGCAAUCACGUGUACAAAUCACUAUAUGAAUAAAAAGGAAAGUCAUAUUUCAUAUAUUCAAUGUUAUUGAUCUGACACCUUUUUCCACAUUGACCAAAGAGUGAAAUAGACCAUUCAUGUAGAUCAUGAUUCCUUACUUAAUGCUGCUAAGCCUUAUUUUAAUCUGCAUGUUUGUGUGAAAUGCCAUAAAGUACCCCCACCUUAGCUGACUUUAUUUUACAAUGCAUUAUCAAAUCAAUCUCUGUCUUAAAAAAACAAGCACAGCAAUAAGAGUGUUAAUCACAUUUCAUAUACUUUUCUUUUUUGUAACUCUUAUUCCACGAUGUAUAUUGUAGGACUUGCUUAUGACAAGUGUUGAGGUCAUUUGUGGAGUAAUGUGAAACAUGGAGCAGUAAUGCCCCCACCCAAUAAGGGUGGAACAAGGAAAUGCAGCUAAGCUUCCAAGAUGAGGUGUUUAUUGUGCAAUGCCAUGGUUAAUUUGCUUUGAUUUCAUGGGGAAUCCACACAACAUCAUGAUCUAUUUGUAAUUAGCUCAUGUUUUGCCAGUGCUGCAUCCAUCUUUUUCCUUACUGUAGAAAAAUUAUUAAGGAGGGAAAGAGUGGAAUAGUAGCACUAUCUCUGAAGAUGUGGUUAGGAAAAUGUGCAUUUUAACAAAGGGGGUAAAUGGCUCCUGGGGAAAUUUGAUGAGAUGUUGAAGAUGUCCUUUGUUUCUUGAUUUCUUGCCUUGCAUUUUGGGUUGCAGAGCCAUUUCAUUUCCUGCACCAUAAGUCCUUUUCUAAAGAGUUUUUCUUUUUGUCUUCUUUGCAAUGUUUUGCCUGUAGCAUUUUGGCUCUUAAAAAAAACUUAUUUUCUCUGCUGGAAUGAAUCUUCCUCAACCCUCA